AUGCGGCCCAGUAGCCGUGACGAAUUCGAAAUAGCAAUCAUUUGUUCCCUCCCUCUCGAGGCGGACGCUGUUGAAACGCUAUUCGACGAAUCCUACGAUAAAUUCGGCCGGAUAUAUGGCAAACAACGCGGGGAUACGAAUGCUUAUACAACUGGAAGAAUUGACCAGCAUAAUGUUGUCCUGUGCCAUAUGCCUGGGAGGGGAAAACGAAGUGCAGCGAGUGUAGCUACUAGUCUAAGAGUUAGCUAUACUAGCAUCAAACUUGCAUUAGUCGUGGGUAUCUGUGGCGGAGUUCCAUGUCCGCCUAAUAAUAGGUCUCACAUUUUUCUCGGUGAUAUUAUCAUUAGUGAAGGAAUCAUUGAAUACGAUUUCGGAAGGCAAUACCCAGAUACAUUCCAGCAAAAAACUGGCCAUCCCGAGACUCUAGGCAGGCCGAACCAAGAGAUUAGAUCUCUCCUAAGUGGUUUGAAGGCUACAAAGACAAUCAGUGAAUUUCAGAACCGGAUCUCACAGUGUCUCCAGGACUUGCAGGCUAAGUCAGAAAGGAAAUGGAGGUACCCAGGCAUUCAGCAUGAUAUACUCUAUGAGGCGUCCUAUUGUCACAAGCAUUAUCAACAAGGCAAAAAUACUCCGAAGUGCAUUUGUUUCGACCGGGACUCCCUCUACGAUAUAUCUUGUGACGAAGCACAGAAAAAAGACUGUAGGAGCCUUGGGUGCGAAAGACAGAGAAUCCUCCGACGUCGAGGACCCGAUGUUCGAGACCCUAUUAACCCUAAUUUCCACAUUGGGACCAUCGCAUCUGCUGACACAGUAAUGAAGUCCGGAUUGCAUCGUGAUAGACUAGCAUCCAAAGACGGCAUUAUUGGCUUUGAAAUGGAAGGUGCUGGAAUCUGGGAUAGUGUACCAGCCGUCAUUAUCAAAGGCGUGGGCGAUUAUGCGGACAGCCACAAGUCUAAAACCUGGCAAAAUUAUGCUGCUGCAACAGCCAGUGCUUGCGCCAAGGCCUUCUUAGAAUAUUGGGUACCUACUAAAAGAGACUUCCCCACAGAUUAUGAUGCUUACACGCAAUUCCCCGGCGGUCCCGCAUCAUUUCCCGACACUCAUCAUGAUUUGUCUUUUAUACAGCAAAUGGAAGGUGAUGACAGUGUUAAUAUGGAACAGAUUUACUCAAGUUUCAGCCAGGAAACAGUCAUGAUGCUUAGGCGUUCUUCACCCCUGCAAUACGCGAGUGAUAAUACUUAUUAUUCAAGUCCAGCUUCCUCUCACGAUCUAAUCGAAUAUGCUUCCACUCUCUACUCGCCUGACUCACCGCAACGCAAUAGUAGUGACGGUUUGAGGUCUCCCAUACGCCAAAUGCCGAGGGAUAUACGUCGCAAAUACUAUCGACCACAAAGAGUUAUUCCAGAUUAGGUUUAUUUAUUUUUAUUUCCGAUCUUAGAAAUUGUAUUUAGAAAAUUAUAUAUAAAAUAGUAGAAUGAACAAGGUGCGCGAAUC